GUAUGAGGAGGAAAACGUUCAGGAAAACCCCCCAGAAGCGACAGCAUCUCUUCCUCCUCCUCUGACAGCCGUGAUGUGGGCGGGCUCUUGCUUGGGAGUCGGGUGGGGGUGGGGGGGGGCCAGCUAGUGCUUGGAACGCACGGAUUUGCUAAGGCAGCAGUCGCGCUGGGGAGUCGGAGAGAUCAGAGCUGCGAGGACCCCCACCCCAUGCCUGGCAUGAAGUGAAGCUGGGAUCCUCUUUGACGUCAAGAGCAGACAGGCGAACGAGCAGGUCGUUCCGGUCCGGGUUUCCCGGCGGGUGCCUGCACUUGGUGCGAGCCGGAGAGGAGGAGGCGGAGAAGAAGAAGAAGAAGAAGAGAGGAGGAGGCGCGCAGGGCAGCCUAGAGGUGGCUGGCUCCGGCGGUCAGCAGGAGCCGCGCGCGAGGAGAGCGCAGCAUGCUGGCCGCCUCCUCCGCGCCUGCCGCCGCCUCGUGCUGCUUCUGCUGCCGCUGCCCAUGGAGAUCGCGUUGGUAACGCUGGAGAACGGAGGCGCCACGGCCAUCGGAGGAGGCGAGGAUGGCACUGCCGGAGGCGCAAGCAGGGCGGCGCGGCGCCGGGGGGACCUGCUGCAGCUGCCCACCUCGGCGCCUUGGCUGAGCGAGUGCGGCGGCAAGGAGGGCUGUCCCCAGGCGGAGGAGGAGCAGGACGACGACGACGAGGUGUUGUCGCCGCCGGCGGGAGCCUGGAACUCGCCGAGCAGCCUCUUGCGCAGAGAGCCGUCGCCACUCCCGCCGCGCGGCCUCCUCUUGCGCCCGCCGCUGGAGGAGACGAUGCUGGCGCCCGAGGAUGGGAGCCACCGCGUGGGCAUGGCCAUGGCUAGGGGCCCCUCCGCCGGCGGCCCCUCUUCCUCCUCGGCUGCCGCCGCCGCCGCCGCCGCCGCAGCGGCUGCUCCCGUCGAAGAAGGCGACGACGUGGAGCUGGAAAGCGAGAGCGCCCUGCACGGCCAGCAGCGGGUCCUCAUCAACAUCUCCGGCCUGCGCUUCGAGACCCAGCUAGGCACUCUCAACCAGUUCCCAGACACGCUGCUGGGCGACCCAGAGAAGCGCAUGCGCUACUUCGAUCCCCUGCGCAACGAGUACUUCUUUGACCGCAACCGACCCAGCUUCGACGGCAUCCUCUACUUCUACCAGUCCGGGGGCAAGCUCCGGCGGCCAGUCAACGUCUCCAUUGACGUCUUCGCCGACGAAAUCCGCUUCUACCAGCUGGGCGAGGAGGCCAUGGAGAGGUUUCGAGAGGACGAGGGCUUCAUCAAGGAGGAGGAGAAGCCCCUGCCCACCAACGAAUUCCAGCGCCAAGUGUGGCUCAUCUUUGAGUACCCCGAAAGCUCCAGCUCGGCCCGGGGCAUUGCCAUCGUCUCAGUGCUGGUCAUCCUCAUCUCCAUCAUCACCUUCUGCCUGGAGACCUUGCCCGAGUUCCGGGACGAGCGGGAGUUGCACGUGCCCCUUCUCCCGCCACUUAACGGAACUGCUGGAGCACCUCCUCAGCAGCAGCCUCCUAGCACUCUGACUGACCCCUUCUUCAUUAUUGAGACCACUUGUGUCAUCUGGUUUACCUUUGAGUUGCUGGUGCGCUUCUUCGCCUGCCCCAGCAAGCCCGAGUUCUCCAGGAACAUCAUGAACAUCAUUGACAUUGUGGCCAUCAUCCCUUACUUCAUCACGCUGGGCACCGAGUUGGCCCAGGAGCAGCAGAAGAAGGAGCAGCCGGGCAGCACCAGCAAUGGGGGCCAGCAGCAGGCCAUGUCCUUGGCCAUCCUCAGAGUCAUCCGCCUGGUCAGGGUCUUCAGGAUCUUCAAGCUAUCCAGGCACUCCAAGGGGCUGCAGAUCUUGGGCCAGACUUUGAAAGCUAGCAUGAGGGAACUGGGCCUUCUCAUCUUCUUCCUUUUCAUUGGGGUGAUUCUCUUCUCCAGUGCUGUAUAUUUUGCUGAAGCCGAUGACCCCGAAUCACAUUUUUCCAGCAUCCCUGAUGCCUUUUGGUGGGCUGUGGUAACUAUGACCACUGUGGGUUAUGGAGAUAUGAGGCCUGUCACAGUAGGGGGCAAGAUUGUGGGCUCCUUGUGUGCCAUUGCUGGCGUUCUCACCAUUGCCCUUCCUGUCCCUGUUAUUGUGUCCAACUUCAACUACUUCUAUCAUCGAGAAACUGACCAUGAUGAGCAGGCCAUCCUCAAGGAUGAGCCCAGUAGUGCUCAAGGCAGUUCAGCUGGGGAUUUGAAGAGACGCACCAGUAAAAACUCUUUGGACAAAUCUGUUGUGCACUUGGAGAAUGCUCAGGGAGUCAACAAUGGAACAGGAUCUGUAGAAAAGGCCAAUAUCAAAGCUAAACGCAGUGUAGAUCUCAGAAAAUCUCUCUAUGCACUCUGUCUGGAUACCAACAGGGAAACGGACUUAUAAGACAGGAGAAGCACAGAUAAAAUAGGGUUUGUUUGAUGGAAUUAUUGGAGAAAGGUAAAUAGCACUGCCAUUUAGUAUUUUAAAUUAGGCUAUAUUUUUAAGUAGGAUGUUCUUAAAGAAAACUCCAGGAAAUACAAGGAUUUUUUGUAAUGUGUUUCCCCCCCCAUGACACUGAGAGUGUCACCUAUUUAUAAAACCAGCUAAGAUUAAGCUGAGUACCUCCCAUUAUCUAGGAGGCUUUCUUAGCUGUUAACAAGUACAAACUGAUGUUGCUUGCAGAUAUUUAUUUUAGUAAAAAAGAAAGAAAGAAAAAAGAGUUGUUUCUAAACAGCUAAUUUGUAGCACAAUUCAUUUGUCCGAACCCAUUUCCCCCCAAGUAAAUGGGAUUCUUUGUUGGUACUGUAGUUUGAAGCUGAAAUAUUUCUAUUUUCUAUAUGUAUGGUUAUAUUUAUAGAUGAAAAAGAACAUUUUUCUGUGAUGUAUGACCUCAUGGGAUCUCUAGGAAAUUUUAGCUAAGAAAUAUCUUCCCAUUUUUUUUAGUACAAAACCUGUUUUCUUGUGUGUGAAGUGAAUGUGGUACUUUUCGCCUUCUAGCAGAAAACCAUUUUGUUGUCGAAGUUGGGUUUUUGUUCUCUUGGUGAGCCUUAAAUGAUUAAAAAUGCAGAUUUUUCUUGAUAAAUACAUUUAAUACUGCAUUAUAUUUCUGAUAAUCCAGUGAUGUGCUUUUUAUCCCAAGAAACAAAGAACGUUGGCAGGGGGGGGGAUUGGGGUUAGCUUUUUAUAACUGGCAUUUUCAAUGACUUUUGUUUUUAAGUAGAACAUUGUUUACUAUUAAUUAAGCUUGAUCCAAGUGCACAACAGAUCAAAGGCACUGGGGUAAGCAAAAACUGAGAACAGAUAUGUUCAGGAUCUGUGAAGCCUUUUGGAUUCAUACUCCAAUUUCCAGUUAGCACCAUAGAUGGACCUCACUGCGUAUCCACCUGGGUAGUUGGCUCGCUGUUUUUCAUUACAGUAUUUCAGCAGUGGAUGCUUCCAAAAGAGUCUAAUGCAGAAAGGAGUGCUAUUUAAAUACUUGUGGCUUGCAUUUUGCACUAAGCAGGGGUGGGGUAGGGAGAUCCUUCAAUGGACCUAUUUUCUCUAAAGGUUUAUUUAAAAACAGUAUGAUGAAUUUGCUGUGUAGUAGAUGCUCCUGAAUGAUAAAAGACAGGACAACCUUCAUCAAGCUUAGCACUCCAUUGUGCAGCUGGGAUAAUGAUGCUUGCAAUGAAACCAAGUGAAGAGCAAAAUCAGAGAUCCACCUUCAUCAUUUUGUUGUUGUUACUGCUGCAAACGACCAACAUCUCUAGGGUUUUCCCCUCUGUGUGUGUGUUUUCCCUUGCUUUUUUGAUGAACUCUGGUUGCAUCGUGAAUGGAGGUUUCAGCCCUUUGUUCCGUAGGAUGGUGUAAUGCAAGUCAUGGAAGAGGAUCAGCUCUCAAGAGUGACCUGAAACAGACACAGUUGUGCUGUUUUGAGAAGGCUCCCCAGGGUUUAGCUGACCUCUUCACACCUAGUGAACCACAAUACUGGAAUCGGAAAAUCCAGUAUGGUGAGGGUGUGAGUCACAGAUUGGGGCUGUAUAUGAAGCGACAUCAAGGGAAGGGACAUUUUAUAAAGUUUUUAACAAAUCAUCCGUGUGUGUGUGUGUGUUUACACCAUCAAUUUGACAUUGCUUUUGUAUAUGAUGUAUUUUUAUUUCCAUAUCUGUACAAAUUUUUAUUUUUAUUUACAUUUAUGAAAAAAACAACCAUAAUUAUUA